AUGCGUCUCCCAUCAAGCGUUUGCAUCCUGCGUCUUUUCUUAGCUGGGACGGCCAUUAUAUCCUCGGCCUCGGCCUCCCAGACCACAUCCAGAGCAUCCCAAGACCCCUCGUUGCUUCUUCGGAGGCAAGAUGACCCCAGCUCAUGUUCUUCGGUCGAUCCGCAACUGCCUAUCAACUUUAAAUGCCCUUCUGGCGCGAACUGUAUCUCUUUGGACAAGUCGUCGUCAGGAUUGUGUUGUCCGGAGGGGAAUGACUGCUCCAACAUCCAGCCUAUAUCCUGCGAUAUCCAGAAUCAAAACCUGACGGCAAACGCGAAUGCGAACGUGUUUACAACACGCUUGGGGGACAAAUUGCCCACUUGCGGAGAAAAGUGUUGCCCAUUUGGAUAUGCUUGCAUUCAGGCCCAGUCAGGCCCGCCCGUGUGCAAUAUUAUAGCUGACACCAGCAAGACUGGGAAGACGGAUGCUUCGUCGUCAGGCAGCUCGUCCACCAGCAGCUCCUCAGCAGCUUCUACCACGAAGAGCACUGCCUCGACUAGUUCAACCAGCACCUCAACUGCAACCGCCACUGGUGUAAGCUCCUCGGCCUCUCGAAUCGCACCAACGUGCAACAAAUUCCCUAUUGGAGUAUUUCUCGCAGGUUUCUUUCCCGGCAUAUUCGUCGGCGCAUUCCUCAUGCUGGCAUGGGUGAUAUGCAGUGGGCGACACCGCAAGCCCAGCAAGAGACAUUCUGCGGGCUCUUCGGUCUAUAAACCGACCAUAUCUGACCCAAUUCCAAUGGGCUCUGGUGGCGGUAUGAGAACGGAUUUCCUGCGCCGAACCACUGGGCGGGCCAAAUCCAUGUUCUCCACAAGAAGCCAGAUUAGUCCCAGAUAUACCGAGAGCCACUGGAAGAUGCCAACCCCACCAGUCCAGAACAAUAUCCCUGCUGUGCCUGCGGGAGUUCCUGUGACACCGGAGCGCAGACUUGCGCACGACUCCAGCGCGGAAAGCAUACGAGUGUACUCACCGCCCAGUGGAACGGUUCAACCGCCUGUGCCUGCAGCGAUCGCGCCUCUGCGGGGCAUGGCUUCCCAGAGAUAUCCAUCCGCAAACAAUAUGGGCAGUCCUUCCAAGACGCCUCCUUACACCAAUGCAAUGGCAGAGGGCAGCCGUUCAAACAACCGCGGUGUCAGUGCAAUAUCCGGUAUUUCGGAGCUUUCAAGUCACAACGACCAUGAAGUCCUCAGUCCCGCCCGCUAUGGUGGUGACGACUUCACUCCAGCGAAGCGAGUGCGGAUAGAAGGUCAUGAUGCAGUCAGCAGACCCACGACGACGUUCACGGAGAUGUUGCACGAAGCUGGCUUCCCCGAUCCCAUGCAAGACCACGGUACUCCGGCUGUGCCUAGGAUACCCGACGGAUACUCCAGGAAUCGGCUAUGA